AUAUCCACUGAAUGUCCAAUGUAGUGUGAUUAACAAGACUAUUGAAUACGGAUGUGCGAAUGUGCGAAUAUAAAACCAACUUUACCCAAGUCUGACUCUCUUCUCUCUUGACAAAAGCAAUAAAUAAUCAGCGAUCAGUGGAGAAUGAAGAGAAACACUUUCAAGAAGGAUUUUUGAGACAUUUGUUUCUGAACAGACAGCAGAUCGUUGUGAUUCUCAAGGUGAUUCAUUUUUAAAACCGUCGUUCAGAACGUGAAAGUAAAGUUCAUAUUGCUGGAGCUCAAACAGUGAAAAUGGCUUCACUAAAUGAAGAUCUUUCUUGUCCCGUGUGCUGUGAAAUCUUCAAGACUCCUGUUAUUUUAUCAUGUAGUCACAGUGUCUGUAAAGAGUGUCUUCAACAGUUCUGGAGAACUAAGAAAACUCAGGAGUGUCCUGUCUGCAGGAGAAGAUCCUCAAAAGAUCGUCCUCCUUUUAAUCUUGUGUUAAAAAACUCAUGUGAGUCGUUCCUGAAGGAGAGAAAUGAGACGCGUUCAUCAGGAUCUGAGGAGAUCUGCAGUUUACACAGUGAGAAACUCAAACUCUUCUGUCUGGAGGACAAACAGCCUGUGUGUUUAGUGUGUACUAAUUCACAGAAACACUUCAAUCACACAUUCAGACCCAUCAGUGAAGUGGUUUCAUCAUAUAAGGAGGAGCUCAAUACAGCACUGAAGUCCUUACAAGAGAAACUUCAACACAAUGAAAAAAUGAAAGGAGAGUUUGAGAAAACAGUUCAACACAUCAAGUCUCAAGCUGAGCACACAGAGCGUCAGAUUAAACAGCAGUUUGAGAAGCUUCAUCAGUUUCUCAGAGAUGAAGAAGAAGCUACAAUCACUGCACUGAGGGAGGAAGAGGAGAAGAAGAAGCAGAUGAUGAAGGAGAAGCUGGAGGAGAUGAACAGACACAUCUCAGCUCUUUCACACACAAUCAAAGACAUGGAGGAGAUGAUGAAAGCCAAUGACGUCUGCUUUCUGAAGGAGUUUCCAGUCUCAAAGGAAAGAGUCCAGAGCUCACAGCCGGAUCCACAGAUGGCUUCUGGAGCUUUGAUUCAUGUGCCGCGUUACUUGGGCAACCUGCCGUUCAGAGUCUGGAAGAAGAUGCAGGACAUCGUCCAAAACACUCCUGUGAUUCUGGAUCCAAACACUGCAGAUCCAUGGCUCGUCCUGUCUGAUGAUCUGACCAGUGUGAGAAACAGCAGGAUCGAUCAACCUCUUCCUGAUAAUCCAGAGAGAUUUGACUGUUAUCAAUGUGUUCUGGGAUCAGAGGGUUUUAACUCAGGAACACACUGCUGGGAUGUGGAGGUUAAAGAGAGUCAACGCUGGACUCUUGGAGUAACUACAGCAUCAAACCAGAGGAAGGGAUGUGUUUUCUUCAACACUGAUGUCUGGUGUGUGUGGUAUGAUCCGUUUGGACUGUAUUUAAUUUCUGGUUUUCGUGUCAAUCAGAAGCUUGAUCGUGUGAGAGUGAAUCUGGACUAUGACAGAGGAACGGUGUCAUUCUCUGAUCCUGUAACUAACACACAUCUACACACAUUCACACACACCUUCACUCGCACACUCUUUCCAUUCUUCUGGUGUUAUGACUCUCUGAGGAUCUUACCGGUCAAUAGUCAGUAAUCGUUACUCCUGUAGGUCUGGAUCUUUCUGCUUUCAUCAUGUUUCCAAUAUUUAAUCCAGAUCACAUGAGUAAGAGUGCUGUUGAUCUGAAUAUCAGUACGGUGGCUGUGAUUGGGCCGUGAUGAUCACAUGACUGAUAUCAGCACUACAGCAACACUCACACUCUCAUAUUUCAUAUCAACAGAUCAAUAAAAAACAAAUUUAUUUAAUUAGAGUUUAGAUGAAGUUUAAAAAGCACUUUACACUAUAAGAACAAUUUUUUAGACCAUUGUAGGAUAAUGACUUGAUUAUUUUUAGUGAAGUUUGUCAAUUUGCUAAAUUUCACAUAAUUAUAUAUAUUUUUCUAGAAACUGAACCUAAUUCUACACAGUUUCAGUGAAUUCAUAAAUGAAUAAUUGUUUGUUUCAGCUUAAAUGAUCAUGUGUUCACUAAAAUACAUGAAAAUGAUGAACACUUAAACUCUUGAUUAGCAGCAUUUAUGGAUCUAAUUUUAAAAACAAAAAGUCAAAGUUUCUGUGAUUGACUGAAAUCUGACAAAGACUGAGCUUCAGAACAGAAUCUGAUGAUCUCUAGUUUUAAAAGUUUUGAACUACAGCAUCAUUCAGACACAGGCAUUGAGAAUCAGCGCAUGAAUCUCAACAAUGACAAUCAAAAGCUUCAUGCCGCAGUGCAUGCUGGGAGUUUUGUAUGCUGGCACCCAGCAUGCAUUGCAGCAUUAAGCUUUUGAUUGUCACCAUUUCUGAUGUGUGAAUGAUGCAGUACCUCUGAAUGUGUUAUGUGAUGAUGUCAUAAUCAUCAUGAUUGUGUGAUUCGCUGAUCUCAUCCUGUGUUUAUAAAUCACAGAGUCUUUCUUUGGUGUAAAAUAGUUCCUAUCAGAUCACAUCUAACAAUCAUUACAGGUAGUAAGUUAGUUUCACGUCAUCUACUUACUGCUUAAUUUAGUUCUUACAACAUUGUGUGGAGCUGCUAGGUGUUUAUUAAGAUUAAAAGUGCUUUAUUUUGUUUAAAAUCUGUAUGAGGUGGUGAGAGGGUCUUUUACCCCACAGACACACGGAGCAAAACCAGCAUGAGGCAGAAGACACACAGUAAUGAUACAAACACUUUAGCUAAAAUAAUGUUUUUUAAUAAUGUCUAAUUUAAUACUUGUUUAAAACAGUCACUUUAGCAAAGUUUGUACUAUUUUCUGUUUUUAUUUUGAUAAAUAAAAGAAUUCAUUUUUGUUCAAUAAACAUACUGUUAUUAAAAUAUGUUCAUUUUAAAAAUACAGAAACAAAAUUAUUUAAAAAAAGUAAAGAUUCUGAAAGCAUUGAAGAAGAUCACAUAAUAAUUGAACCUCUGGUGCUCCUUAUUUGUGAAUCACACUCAUCGUCCUCACGGUCAAAAGUGACCAGACACCUGUAACGUAACCUUAUUUUUUCAGUAAAAUCAUUCUAAUUCA